CUGCAUUGCCUGGAGAAUAGAUGUGCGCGCGUCAUGUAUCAGUCUCUAUCCUGCUCACUUAUGGGUCAUGCAGCGAUGCGAUGUGCUGGAGUCCUCCACAAGCCGCCGUCGAUGGAUCUGGAAUAACAGCACCGGCAUCAGAUGCAGUGACGCAUUUAUCGGAGUGGUUUGCCAGGGCAUUGGCAUGGCCUAGUAAUGAAUGGCGACGGGGCUCCCAGCAGCCCGGAGCACUCCUCCUGCACGCUGCCUGAUUGGAAGGAGUUCUGUGAGCUUCACGCUCGAGCUUCCGCCGCCGAUUUUGCCUACAAGUUCCGGCGAUUCAUCAGCGAGAACCCAUGCUACGACUCGCCUGGUGCUGAUGCCAGCUUCUCGCAACACUUUGCUCAACACUUCUUGACCUGCUUCUCUGCCGCCCUCGACCAGGUUCAAGGUCCCGGCUCUCCGGGAGACUCCUCCGCUCCGAAAUACAGCAUCGUACCCUUUGUGGGCAUACAGAGCUGCACGCUGCCCUUCAGCCACGACCUCUACCAUCGGCGCAAAGACGUGGGGGCCUCGAGCGAAUCACUGGAUAGCAUGGACAGCGGAGGGGGCGGAGCCAGCGGACAGGAACAGCAGACCCCCACCCGUAAGAAGGCAACCGUGAGCCAGUCCAGGAGUUCGGAGGAUGUGUCAUUGGGACGACGUAAGGCUCGCUUCAAGAAGGGCUUUUCCCUCCGAAACAUGAGUCUGAGCGUGGUGGACGGGGUGAAGGAGAUCUGGCACCGCAGGGCCUCUCCAGAACCAGACCCCUCGGGGAGCUCCAGGAGGACCAAUGGAGCCGAGUCCGUGGGGUCCGAACACUGGAGCCAGAAGCUACGGCUACCGCGGGGCUCUCAGGGCCAUAAAGCGGAGCUGUUGGAGAUCCAGAGGGAGGGUGCGCUCCGAUACAUGGUGGCCGAUGACACUAACUGUAUGGGGGCGGCACAGUGGCAGAAAUGCAGGUUGCUGUUGAGGAAGACCGCCGCGCAAGUGGACGCAGGAGAGAAGUUCCAGCUUGAAUUCUACGUUCCACCAAAGUCAUCUAAACCCAAAGUGAGCAUCCCGCUGUCUGCUAUCGUGGAGGUGAGGACCACCAUGCCUCUAGAGAUGCCCGACAAAGACAACACAUUCGUGCUCAAGGUAGAAAACACUGCUGAAUACAUUUUGGAGACCAUCGACUCUCUGCAGAAGAACUCGUGGGUCGCAGACAUCCAGGACUGCAUUGACCCCGGGGACAGCGGCGAUGACAUCGAGCUGGCAUCGUGUGCUCACAGCCAACCGCACAAAGACUUCUCGCUGGUGUCGUCCUGUAGCUGUGAGCUGCUGUGUGACGGUUCACAUCGGGGGUGCUCUGUUGCUGCUGAUCAGGCGACUGCGGCCCGCUGCCAGGAGCCCCCCGUCACCCAGCACCCCUCACAUGUCCCGUUAGAGCGGUUCCUGCAGUCGCCAGAGGCCCAGAACACUAACACACCAUCAGGAAGCCCAGGUGAAACACCAAGGGAAGCGGAAGGAGAUGCCAGUUUGGCGGGUUACCCAUGGUUCCACGGGACGCUGUCACGGGUGCGGGCGGCCCAGCUCGUUCUCGCCGGCGGCGCACAGAGUCACGGUCUGUUUGUGAUCCGCCAGAGCGAGACGCACCUGCGGUUGUCUGUGAAUGACAGCGGUCAGUGUCACGUUCAUCACCUGUGGUUCCAGACGGUCGCUGAUAUGUUACAGCACUUUCACGCUCAUCCCAUCCCUCUGGAGUCCGGCGGCUCCACCGACAUCACGCUACGCUCAUACGUACAAGUCCAGCGCUCGCCCUCAGAUGUGGCGGCUCCUCAUAUCCCAGCUGCCCCGCGGGACGCCGCCGUCUGUUGGGCCGAACCGACCCAGUUGACCCAUCAGCUGUCAGACGCGGUGCUGUCGUCCAGCUCGUCCUCGUCUCCGAUGGCUCAGCCGGCCGCAGGAGCACUGAUGGGCCUCCACAGCCGCAGCAGCAGCGCAGAGAGACUGCUGGAGCCCGGGGCCGGAGCCGGAGCCGGAGCCGACGACUACCACGACAGUGACGGCACGCGGCGGACUCGAGCCGUGGAGAACCAGUACUCCUUCUACUGAUGUCCUGAUGCUGAACUCCAGUGAAACACGUGCUGCUGUUCUGCUCGGCUUCAUGACGGUCAAGUGUUUUUAACUGCUUCGUCAAACCCUUAAACUAGCUGCAGAGCUCGCUCAGUGAUUACCACAAGCUGAUGUCAGAAUGUUUCGCCCUUUGUGUUGUUUCUGAUUUGAUGCGUGUGAUUUACCCAUCUUUAGUACUCAUAAAUGUUCUCUUCUGCUCACCAGGGCUGCAUUUAUUUGA